CUAUGUCAUAUUAACUAAUGUCACUUGUCAGUUUUUUUCGUACCUCGCGAGGGCUGGGAAUAUCAAUAAAUUACUGAUAAAUAACAAUUCUGAUUCUGGAAAAUCUUAACCAAGAUGCCCGUACCAGGCGGAGUCUACCAGAGUCAAGGACCAUCUUGUUUCGAUAAAAUGAAAAUGGGCUUCAUGAUUGGAUUUUGUGUCGGAAUGGCGAGCGGCGGCCUCUUCGGUGGUUUUACAGCUUUAAGAUAUGGAGCUAGAGGAAGAGAAUUAGUACAUUCCGUGGGAAAAGUUAUGCUUCAAGGUGGAGGAACAUUCGGCACAUUUAUGGCCAUCGGUACUGGAAUACGCUGUUAAUCAGUUUGUUCAAACAAUUUUGUACAUACAGUAAUUUAACUAAGUGCUCAAUGCACUUGCCUAUUCUUUUAUUAGUGAUUUAAUAUUAUAAUUCACACUAACAGAUUUGUUAUUAAAUAUUAUUAUUGAUAGCUUUUAA